AUGGAGUUCAAUGCGGUGAUAUUCUGUGGAGAGGGCCACAACUUGGUUCCGCUCACGUCGCCGGGAGAGUCAAGAAUAUCCAAGGCGUUGUUGCCUGUGGCGAACAAGCCGCUGAUUGAGUACGUGCUAGAGUGGUGCGAUCAGGCGCCGUUCCAGACGGUGAACAUUGUGACCGAGAUGAGGGAUGAGAAGCAGAUUGGAGAGGUGGUGGCCCAGUACGAGAAGCAUAGGGAUGCGGAGCUCCGGAACACGAGUCCGAUCCGGAUCUUCACGUCUGCGCUCAAGUCGACCGGUGCGAUUCUGUCGGAGAUCUUUCCCGUUGAAGAGGGCGACAAGAGCCACGAGAACUAUGUGGUGUUGCCGUGCGACUUCAUCACGGACGUUCCGCCGCAGGUGUUCAUCGAGGUGUACCGCGGAAACAGCGACGAGAACAUCGGGCUGAGCUUGUUCUACAACAAUAUCUUUGAGGCGGUGGACAAGAAGGUGUUGCGGAGCAACUACACCGUGUACUCGAACCAGGAGAACGGGAACAUGGUCCUGCUGGACAUGUACUCGAAGGACUUUGUGACGGUGGACAAGUUCUUGAAGAUCCGCUCGCAGCUCUUGUGGCGGUACCCGAGCACGCUUGUGUCGACCACGCUGCUGGACUCGUUCAUCUUCUUCAUGAGCGGGCGCUGUCGCCAGCACAGCGUUAGCGACAUCCAGCCGCACCGGCCCAUCAACAAGAUCAAGCGGGACCUCGCCCGCAACUCGUGGCAGCACUCUGACAGUAAGUCGACCAUCGGCCUCUUUGCCCUUCCGCAGAACGCGCUCUUUGUGCGCUGCAACAACCUCCCCGUAUACAUGGAGAUGAACCGCUACUUCUUGCGGGACGUGGCCAGAUUCAACCCCAACAAACACAACAACGCCAACAAGGAGAACAAGGACUCCGCCACCGUCGGCAGCGACUGCAUCGUCGGCCACGACAGCGUCCUCGGCGAGCGCACCAACGUCAAGCGAAGCGUCAUCGGCCACAACGUGCACAUCGGCCGUCGCUGCCGCAUCUCCGGAUGCAUCCUCCUCGACGGCGUCACCCUCGACGACGAGGUCCAGCUUGAAAACUGCAUCGUCGGCAAGAACGUCCGCAUGGAGCACCGUGCCCGUCUCGUGAACUGCAACGUCGAGGGCUCUUACACCGUCGGCAAGAACGUCAACCUCAAGGGUGAAACCCUCAAAAACAUCUCCCUCGACGAGCUCAGCGACGGCGUCCUCUACGAGAGCGAAAGCGACGACACCGACCCUGCGUCCUCCGUCGUCGCCGGCAGCGACUCCGAAAGCUUCGACGACGAAGGCUUUGAGGAAGAGGAGUACGACGACGAUAUCUUCACCCGCUAG